GUUCGGGGCCCCUAGCCUAGGUCCUGCUCUUUUCCCCUUCCGGCUUCAGGAACCAGCAGCCUCAGUCAGCUGAGCAGUCACAGGACCAGCCUCCAGCCCCAGUCUCGGUGCCUCCAGCCUGCUGCCGCCUGAGCGCCUGGGGAAGAGCUGCGGGCUCGCGCCUCUCAGGAGAUGGAGAGGGCCACCCUGGCCACCUGGAAGGAGCGCGUGGAGCAGGAGCUGGACCAAGUGGUCACCUUCUGGACCAAAUACUCCCACGACUCGGAAUACGGGGGCUUCUUCACCUGCCUCACUAGGGAGGGCCAAGUGUACGACGACCUCAAGUAUGUCUGGCUGCAGGGGAGGCAGGUUUGGAUGUACUGCCGGCUCUACAGAAAAUUGCCCCGCUUCUGCUGGCCAGAGAUCCUGGAUGCAGCCAAAGCAGGAGGGGAGUUCCUCAUCCGCCAUGCCCGAGUGGCCCCCCCAGCGAAAAAGUGCGCCUUCGUACUGACUCGGGACGGCCGCCCCAUCAAAAUUCAGCGAACCAUUUUCAGCGAGUGCUUCUACACUAUGGCCAUGGAUGAGCUGUGGAAGGCCACCGGCGACCCCCGAUACCAGAGGGAAGCCUUGGAGAUGAUGGAUCAGAUUAUAUACUGGGUUCGGGUGGACCCCACUGGGCUGGGCCAGUCGCAGCUCUCAGGAUCUCCAAUGGCUGACUCGAUGGCUGUGCCCAUGAUGGUGCUCAACUUGGUGGACCAGCUUGGGGAGGACGAUGACAAGCUGACCCGCAAGUUUGCUGAGUUGGGAGAGUGGUGUACUCAGGACAUCUUGAAGCAUCUCCAGAGGGAUGGACAGCUUGUGUUGGAGAACGUAUCUAAGGAUGGCAAAGAGAUACCUGGUUGCCUGGGGAGACAACAGAAUCCAGGACAUGCCUUGGAAGCUGGCUGGUUCUUACUCCGGCAUGCCGUCCGACACCGGAACCCUGAACUCAAGGCCCAUAUCAUUGAGAAAUUUUUGCUGCAGCCUUUCAAUUCUGGCUGGGACACUGAAAACGGGGGGAUCUUUUACUUCCAGGAUGCAGACAAAUUCUGCCCCACGCAGCUGGAGUGGGACAUGAAACUCUGGUGGCCCCACAGUGAAGCCAUGAUCGCCUUCCUCAUGGGUUACAGUGAGACCAGGGAGCCCGCCUUGCUCCACCUUUUCUGCCAAGUUGCUGAAUAUACCUUUGAACGGUUCCCAGAUCGGGAGCAUGGAGAAUGGUAUGGCUAUCUGAACCGAGAAGGCAAAGUGGCCCUGAACUUCAAGGGGGGCCCCUUUAAAGGCUGCUUCCACGUGCCCAGGUGCCUCUACAUGUGCGAAGAACUACUCAAGGCUCUGCUGAUGGCCAGCUGAAGGACAUCGCCCAAGGGCACCGGCCAACAACCUUACCCCCUGCUCCUGCCAGGGGCGCUGGGGGAAAUUUCGACUCUACCAGCCUCAAUAAAACUUGACUAGCAUUUC